AGUUAUUUACUUCUUGGAAGGCGCGGUAGAAUUGAAUGUCUUGCUGAACCAUUGACUCCUCCGUUGUGUAUCAGGUUCCGGUUCCAGAUUCGCCAACUUUUCGCUGCUGGUGCUACGGCCGUCUUCAGCUCCAGCCUGCAGUAUUGCCCCGGCCGCCAGUCUAGCCGCACCUUGCACUACUUCACGAACGAUAACGAGCAUGAUCCCGCGUGGCAAUGAAACUUAUCAUCGUUUGUGCCUUCCUCACGUGCUGCAAUCCUUAUGCUGACGCCAAAAGGUUUCCCCUGUUUCCUGAGGAGCUACAGACUCUCUUUAACGUAAUCUAUUCAAUCUUGCCGCCCACAAAAAUAGGAUCCGACAAGAGGUUCGGGGUAGGUUUCCGAGUGGGAAAGAACAUCGACGCUCAGAUCCUGGUGGAGCUAGGACCACAAUCGGAGACACAACCAUUGGCGGACCCAAAUCCGAGACUCUUUUCGCGCAAAAGGGAGAGCGGAAAGGGCGGGAAAUCUGCCGGGAAAGCGGCGGGAGCAAAGUUUAACAAGCUGACCACCUCGACUAUCCCACCAGUACCACUACAUAAGGAAAACAAAGUAUUGGAACACGUCAAUGCAACUGAUCCACCUUCAAAACUUCCAUCCAGCAAAGGAAGGAAACCACACAUACCAAGUGAUCCUUCAAGCAAUCCUGGGAGAACAACGAAGAAGCGGCAACGGAAACGGAAGAAGUUGCAGAAGUCCUCAAGUGCUGCUAGUACCUCCAGGAGGAUGGACAAUGCAGGACGGAAGUCAGAGCCAUUCCUGGACGUCUUCAUGAAGUGGCUGACACGUUUCAGUCGGACGAGAGAAGAUAACUUUACUAAUAAUUUAAUAAGAAAAUAAAUGUUUUUUACCUGUUUUGUA